AUCGCAUGCUUGACGGAGAAGCCAGAGGCGCGGAAUGGAGUGGUGCUGCCUAACGCGCUGCUGAGGCGAUUCCCUCUGGCCGUGGCAGCAGAGCGUGCAGAAGUGUGGAAGGAGUUAUGGCCGUUGGUCCUACAGUCCUUGUACUGUGGCGAAGUCAUCGUCACGCGUGCAUUGCGGGUCGCCACCGAGCCGGAGGAGCCACAGGGUGUGAUGAUGGGUGAGACCUUCGAGGCCGCCAAGUGGCUGCGGGAAACCGUGAAGAAGACGAAGCGGAGGGACCGCUGGUCACGCCCAUCGGGAAAUCUGGCAACUCCGAGAAGCGCACUCCACUUGCAGAGCUUCAAGCAGGUGCCGCUGUGCAUGCACUACUUCAAGUCGGACAAGGCACAGCGCUUGACUGACCCAAUGUUCACUGAGGAUGGCGAUGAGGCA